ACCGUGGUAACAGACAUGCCAAAACCGGACCUGCUCUGCCUGGUUCAGCUGCUGGACGGCACUAUCGAGACCUUCAGAGUUAGCAAGCAGGAUGAAGGCGUGGUGCUGCUGGACCUCGUCUGUGACCACCUGGGCCUGCAGGAGAGGCAGCUUUUCAGUCUGCAGAUCAGAGAGUCCAGCACAGCCAUCGCUUCAAUCACAGCCAACAAACACUCUCCCAGAUGGUUGGAGCCGGAGAAGCCCAUGAAGAAGCAGAUUAAAGGCCUGGUUCCUCCUUUUUAUCUGAACUUCAGGGUGCGAUUUCUUCAUCUCUGAUCCAACUCUCUGCAGCAUGAGCAGACGAGGCAUCUUUACUUCCUCCAGAUCAGGAGCGACAUUAAAGAGGGACGGUUGCAGUGUCCUCUGAGUGCAGCUGUAGUGCUGGCUUCUUAUGAUGUGCAGUAUGGGGAUCACUGUCUCCGACUCCCUGGUUACCUCUCAAAUGCCACUUCAUCCCUCAACAGGUAUGAAGACUUCCUAUCCAAAGUGGAGGAUCUGCAUCCACAGCACAAGGGUCUGAAGCAGAGCGAGGCGGAGCUCUGUUUUCUCAACACGGCACGUACGCUGGAGCUGUACGGAGUGGAGUUGCACACUGCCAUGGAUGCAAACAUGCCCCUCUUAUGUGGCUUGGCCUCAAGCGGUGUUGCAAUAUUCUGUAAUAUGAUUUGUUCCAGUUUCUUUCCCUGGGGAAACAUCAUCAAGAUUUCAUUUAAGAGGAAACGCUUUUUCAUACACCUAAAACGGAAACAUGGGGAGACUCAGGACUGUGAAGUGUCCCUACUUCUGCCCUGCCCCAAGACCUGUAAGAACCUGUGGCGGUCCUGCAUCGAUCACACUCACUCCUUCUUCUGCUACCGAACCGUGAGGACCUCCAAACAGAGCAACAGCUCGCUCAAUUCCUACAGGAAAAUGAUAACGCAGCACCUGGGCCUGGGCAACAAUAAACCCGAGAGCGGUCCUAUGGUUGAAGCGCGUCGUGGCAGGACGUGUGGACCCCAGCCCCCGCAGGCGCUUUCGUCCGAGCAUCUCGAGACCAUGAGUCUGCCUCGGUCACCCCCGACCACCCCCAACUGGCGAAGCCCGAGAGUUCGUCACGGCAUUCGUAAACCUCGGCCGUCUUCCGUGGAGUUGACCAACGACCUGAAAGACAUGUCAGAGGGGGAAGACGUCUUCUACACGUACAGGGCUUCUGUGAGCAGCAGCAAGGACAGCGAGGGAGAUGUUUCGCCUCAACACGUUUCUGGUACUUUCAGCCAAGGCUCAGACGAGGGUUUGCUGCAAGCUGAUGAUAGUAUAGGAGAAGAGGACGGCUCACCGCACUACAAUAAGGACGCUCUCGGUGACGGCGACCUCAUGGUCACGUAUGCCCCCGAUCAAGACGGCAAGUUUGGCUUCAAUGUUAAAGGUGGGGUGGACCAGAAGAUGCCUCUAGCCAUCUCCCAUGAACCUGACUCACCGGCAGGUCGGUGCGAACCCAAACUCCUGGAAGGAGACCUGGUGGUGCUGAUCAACGGUCGAGACAUUUCUGAGCACACACACGACCAGGUCGUCAUGUUCAUCCGAGCCAGCAGGGAGUCGCACUCCAGAGAGCUCGUCUUGCUGAUCAGACGUAAAGGUCCUGUCCGGGCGGCACCCCUGCUGCAAUUACCUCCUGCCCUCACGCUCACCAUCCAAUCGCAGGAAGAUAAGCCGCAGUCGCCCGGCCGCUCGGAGCAGGUCACCACACUGGAGGAAUCCAUGAGACAGCUGGAGAGACAGAUACAGUCUGGAACUCUGUGUUUCCAUUUUGAGAACUUGUACAGGAGGAAGCCUGGUUUGUCUCUGGGCUGCGCUCGGCUCCCCGAGAACAUGGACAAGAAUCGAUACAAGGAUGUUCUACCUUACGAUGCCACCAGAGUGGUGCUGCAGAGCCAGGAGGACUACAUCAACGCCAGCCACGUCACGAUGACGCCCCCAGUGUCUGGUGUCCGUUUACGUUAUGUUGCGGCUCAAGGUCCAUUGCCUCAGACCUGCACUCAGUUCUGGCAGGCUGUUUGGGAGCAGAAGACACACACCAUCAUCAUGCUCACAACUCUAACAGAGCGGGGACGGACCAAGUGCCACCAGUACUGGCCGCACCCGCCGGAAGUGAAGGAUUAUGGGUGCAUGCGGGUGAAGUGUCAUUCGGAGGAGUGCAACCUGGCGUACGUGAUGCGGCACUUCACCUUGACUCACACAAAGCUGGCGGAGGAACGUGCAGUCACACACCUCCAGUAUGUUGCGUGGCCGGACCACGGCGUACCCGAUGACCCUUCAGACUUCCUGUUGUUCAUCAGCUCAGUGAGGGAGAGGAGGAAAGAUGAAGAGCCACUAAUGGUACACUGCAGUGCUGGGAUUGGACGGACAGGUGUGCUGAUCACCAUGGAGACGGCGCUGACUCUGCUGGACGAGGGCCGGCCGGUGUUCCCACUGGACAUUGUCAAAACAAUGAGGGAUCAGCGACCCAUGAUGGUUCAGACAACGUGUCAGUUCCAGUUUGUUUGUGAAGCCAUUCUGAGGGUCUACAAAGAGAAGAAGGAGAGCUCAAAAGCAUCGUAAUCAGCAAAAAAAAAAAAAAAAAAGCUCCGAAACACAAAGACUUUUCUUCCUCUGCUGGGAACC